UGGGUCCUGACUUGGUCAUAUAUACCACGUUUGCGCCGAAAAACAAGUAUUGGUAGUGCGCGUGCCACCGGCACCGGUGUGAAGGAGGCCUUUGGGAUUCUGAUAUCCGAAGCCUCUGGUCGAAGGACAUAGUCGGGUUGUACAUGCUGAGAGAAGAUGGCAGCAAAUGAGGAGGACACAGUUAGCACUGAUGCACAAACUAUACCUGCAUCGUCGGAUACCACUUUCAUGACACCUUCGAGGACUUCAUCGCGACGUUCUGCUCACCGGAGAGACUCAUCGCCUGGACCGUCACCCGGAAUGUCUUCCUCUCCAGACUUCCCUCUUCAGAGCUUCUCGCCCGACGGACGACCCAAUGUUGUUGAAAUUACAAAUGACGGACCAUUGGUAGCACUAGAUCCGCGCAGAUUUACCCCGACAUUACAUGCUUCUUUGGUCUCAGAAAUUCUUGCACUGCGGCGGGAACUUGAAAGCAAAACCAAGGUCAUCGACGCUUUGGAAGCGAGCUUGGAUGACUCGCGGACGGAGAAUGAGGCUCUCAAUGAGAGUUUGUCAAAGAAUUCCAGGGAGACAUCGUCAUUGAAGCGCCAGCUGCAGCUCCUGGAAGGUGGCUCAUCAUCGGCUGUCACAGAAUUAGCCAAGGAGAGAGAUGAGGCCCUGGAGAACAUAUCUGAUGUACGCAAGAGACUCGAGCAGGCACAAAAGAAAGCUCGUUCUCGAGGGGACGAGGUAGAGAGAACACAAAUGCUUUGGGAUCGGGACAAGGAGGCAUGGGAAGGGGAGCGAAGGAAUCUUGAGCGCAAAGUGCAUGUGGUCGAAGGCCGCCUGAAAGUGGUCCUAAACGAGAUCGCUACUGUCCGAGCCACCAGGCCAUCCAGCAGAGACCGCCGGGAGGAGCUGGCACAGUCGGUUGAAGAUAGCCCAGCACAACACAGUGAUGCAACGAGCGUACGAUCCCACAGUGCGUUCGGGAGGAGGCGUGCGAGCACAACUAGCUUGAGCACUCAUGACAGCGAGCGUCAUAAUGUCAGGCUAUCCGUAUCGAGUAUCCCGAAUGGCCUUGUUCCAAGGACGGACGGUUUGAAUCUAGCUGAGGAGUUGGCCUUCUCCGAAAGAGGAGAGGACCAAAUGGAUGAAACCGACGAUGACGAUGUUCUAGACUCCCCAGAAGCAUUACCAGAGGAGAGGCCUACCUCCGUCCAGUCUCAUUUGUCCCACAUAGUGGGAAUGAAAGCUCGGAAGAUCCUGGGUCUUUCGCUGGACAGCAGCGCCCAGCGAUACAACGACAAUGAUUCUCGAGAACCAACGCCAUUGUCGGAACAAGUACGUGCACUUAAGGAAGGUAGAAAGCCUGAUCAUGCGCGUUCUGCAGAUUACCGAGAUGCCGGUAUCCAAUAUUCUCCGCCUCCAUCACCUGAGUUUCCACGACCUGUCCAUUCCCAACUAGCGGUCAGCCCUGAAGAUCAUACGCCCUUUGGUCAGGAGAAACAUGCUGCCAAUGAAGGAAGGAAACGUGCGACAGCAACUUCUGCGGCUGAUUCGUACCAAACAAGAGACAGUAGUAUGGUGACAACAAAAAUUGAGACAGUGUCCACGUCUUGCCAGACGGUUGGGAAUCUUCCUACGCCUCCUCGGAGCCCCAGUGUCUCCGAAUCAGCCGUGCAGACCACCCCAGAUGUCAAGCGAGGGGCGGCAAUAUCGACCUCAACGCAGACAGAAUUGUCUGCUCAGGUCAAGGACGCGAAGGUGUCUGCUCUCUCCCCCGAGGAGCAGUUAUCACCCCACAUGGCGGUCCCGAUGAUUGCAAUCCAUCCCCCUGAAUCUGAGCCGACAUCCACUCGCAAUAGUGUUGUUUUGCCGCCGCACACGAAGAGUGUUGCGUGUCAAACAAACUUCAGAAAUUUCGUGGAAGGCCGAUCUGUCGGCAUGCAGACAGAGGAAAUCAGAGUUGAUAAGCGUCCUAUUAAGCUUCCCGCUAGCCUUCUCCCAUCAGCUAUACCAGAUCAGCCCCCUACAGACGGCAAUGAGACCGUUAUCCAGCCAUAUCGCCCGCCUCCUCCGCGAUCUGCGAAGAGACCGCUUCGCAGUCCCCCAGUCGUCGAGUCUUCAACCAAGGCCUCAAAAGGCAAACAGCCUCAGAAAGUUAAUGCUUAUCCAGGAAAUAACGACAACGGUCCGCUUUCUGAGAAACGUCGUAGCGAUAUCAGACGUCCACUCCGGUCUAGCAGUCUGUUUGCGGGCUUCAGUGAUGAUGAAGCUCCAGAAAAUGAACCCGAUAUCUUCAGCGAUGAUGAACUUUUCAACCGGCCUAUGGCUUCUUACACAUUGAGGCGCGGGAAGCUCGCCAAAAAGGGGCGCCCUAGUUUCGAGGACAGUCCGUUGCCGGAGCUUGACGAACCUGAUUUCAAUUCUGACACUGAAACGAAUGAGAAGACAACCAGUAAUGGGGCGCAUGGUCGGUCAACAGGAUCAGGCCGAGAACGACGCCCUCAGAGAGGGCAAUGGCCAUCGAAAAUCUCGACAGGCUCGAGAGCGCAGGAUAUUCGACGGACCGCGCUCAUCUCAAGCGGAACAGCAGCUCAUCAAAUGUCGUGGCCGCAAAGCCCCAGCGCUCCGAGCAUCGAUAGCGGUUCCGGUUCCAGCACGGCUCCGCGCCCUCCAUUCCCCGUCCCUAUCCGCCUGAGUUCAAGAAAGGUCCCGGUCACUGCUAGUGAGGGCGCGCAGAGUCCAACGCCCAGAAAUCGCUCUAAACGUGCUGAGCGGCCUCCUUCAAGGACCCCCACUCUGCGCAAAGUACGAUCUGCCUCAGCAAUAUCGAUAUCUGAACGGCCUGAACGGCCCAGAAGCCGCUCGCCUCCACCUGUAUCAGCUUCGACUUUUGUCUCUGACAGCCCUGGACCUUCACCCAUAUCUCUUGACGACAUCCCGUCUCGUCAUAGACGCGUUGGUAAAAAGCAAUCCUCCCAGUACACUACUUCCUCUCGCACGUUUUCGUACGGAGGGGAAGAAUCCACAGCAGCGUCCUCCGUACAGCAGACCAGCGUCGUGGACGCGAUUGCCCAAACCAUGGUCGGAGAGUGGAUGUUCAAGUACGUUCGCAGAAGGAAGUCAUUCGGUGUCCCCGAUCCCAAAGAAGGCUGGGAUGCGGGAAAGAACCCAGACGAGACGUCAGCGAAUAUCACCAGCAAUGGUGUGAGGCAUAAGAGAUGGGUCUGGCUCGCUCCGUACGAGCGGGCUGUUAUGUGGAGCAGCAAGCAGCCGACAAAUGGCAAUGCUCUUUUGGGCAAGAGUGGUCGUAAACUGACCAUUCAAUCGGUGCUCGAUGUCAAAGACGACAACCCCUUACCGAAGGGUGCUCAACCGGAGAGUCAUUUCAAUAGAUCUAUAUUGAUCUUGACGCCUCAGCGGGCGUUGAAAUUCACAGCUAUGAGCCCGGAGCGCCACUUCAUAUGGCUUACUGCUUUAUCUUUUCUGAGCCACUCUGCGGUGAGCGCCAAUGAGCUCAGAUCUAUACCGCCGACUCCCCAGGAAGAAUCUGCGAGCCCACCGCCAGUGAGACGGAACCCUAUCCGUGACACUAUCAAGGUGACCAAGAGUAAACCUCGUCUUGUUGUUGUUGGCGGAAACCGGUCAUUCACUGCCCAUCCGCCCGUUCCAGAGAUUCCUCUGGACACGAUGGAAAUGCGCGAUUCAACCAUGGACGCAGCCGACCCUCCAACUGUGCCUAGGUUUUCGAACCAUUGUCGGAAGCGCAGCAACACUGCACCUCGCGUGGGGCCGCUUUCACUCAGAAGCUUCUCAAGCAAUGCAACCAUACCCACUUCUACACAUAGUGCAACGACACGGACACCCAAUUCCAUGGACCUCUAUAGCGGCUCACACUCAGCUGGGGUUCCUGGAAGCAACAGUUUCAGUCGUCGGACGUCUGUAGCUAGCGGGUUUUCCACUAACACGGGCAACUUCUUCGAAGCCGUCGGUACUGUUCGUAUGGAAGCUUUUAUUGAUCGGACCAACCAGAUGAGUUCUCAGCGCAGUGCUUACGCUCCUCGACACACCAUGAAGAGGGAUUCGAGUCAAUGGAGUUCAGGCCAGCAGUCGCUCGAGUUUGCGAGAUCCGAGGCCAGCAGUGAGAUGAGCUAUCGCCAUGAAGACCUUUUCCGGGGCUUCUGAAUUCAGUAUUGAUGUUUCGAGAGUCGCCGCCCCGCAGUUCCACGGCCGCGUUUAUGUCGGAAGACGAAGGUGAUGAUAUUAGAGACUCAUCAUUUAAUGUUUUAAUCUCCCUUUCACCGUUUUAUCUUCUAGAAUUUGCUGGACAAAAGAAGACAGCGAGAAAAUAUCCAACUUCAGUGUUUCUCUGGAGAUCUGUAUAUCGUUUGGGCCUUUCCUCCUAUUCCAGACCCGGUUUCAGUUGAA